UGUAAAUAACAUAAUACUAAUAAAAAGAGAACUGGUGCUGUCUGGUCUCUGUGUCAGGAGUCUGGUCCCAAUCUAUAGUUGUCUUAAGUUUUACAAUUCGUUUUCAGUUAGCCAACCUAACAACUAGACCUAGCCGUUGGUUCCUCGAAACCUUCAAUUCACUCACUUUCCAGCAAAAAGUUUUCAACUUUGUUUUGUAGAGGAGGAGGAGAUGUGUCAUCAGAAUAGUUGUGUGCAUUUGUCUGUUGAGGAAGCAAUUGCAGCUGAUGAAAGUCUUCUAAUUUAUUGCAAGCCCGUUGAACUUUACAAUAUUCUUCACCGUCGUGCUCAAUUCAAUCCUUCAUUUCUUCGAAGAUGCUUGCGUUAUAAAAUGAAAGCAAGCCGUAAAAGGAGGUUGGCGGCUGGAAUUGUGAUUUUCAACUACAGAGAUUACAACAACAAACUGCAAAAGACUGAAGUCACUGAAGACUUUCUGUGUCCAUUCUGCUCGAUGAUGUGUAUGAGCUUUAAGGGUUUACGGUACCAUUUGUGCUCUUCACAUGAUCUAUUCAACUUCGAGUUCUGGGUGAAUGAAGAGUACCAAGCAGUGAAUGUCUCUGUGAAACUCGACAGAUUCUUAUCUGAGACUGUUGCAGAUGGAGUAGAGCAAAGACAACAAACAUUCUUCUUCUGCUCAAGGCCUGGAAGACGGAAAUCAAGAAACCAUGAUCAUAAUGAAAAGCAAGUUUGCGUACAAUUCUUGGAGUUGGAUUCACCAAAACUACCCUUGGAAGGCAUAAAUGAGGGAUUUUUGAGGAAGGAUGAUGGUGAGAAUGCUUCCAAGUCAUCUUCUAGUGAGAAAGAUUUGCAUAAUUCAAGGCAUGGAGCAGAAAACUAUGGUGUCGAGUAUCCUAAUGUUGAGUUGAUAGAACGUGUCGCAUCAAGUUCUAAUAUCUUAGGUGUUUCAAUUGCAAAGGCUCAAUCUUCUGUGGACUCUGAGUGUGUUAAAUCACUAUGUGGAAGCGAUCAUUCUCUGCCAGCUGGGAUCCAUGUUGCAAAAGCAAGGAAGUUAACAGUGGAACGGUCAGACCCUAGAAAUCGUGUACUCCUACAGAAACGACAAUUUUAUCACUCUCAUAGAGUUCAGCCUAUGGCUCUGGAACAAGUAAUGUCAGAUCGAGACAGUGAAGAUGAAGUUGAUGAUGACAUUGCAGAUUUUGAAGAUCGAAGGAUGCUUGAUGACUUUGUGGAUGUUAGCAAAGAUGAGAAGCAACUUAUGCAUUUUUGGAACUCAUUUGUGAGAAAGCAAAGGGUGCUGGCUGAUGGUCAUGUUCCCUGGGCAUGCGAGGCGUUCUCAAAACUUCAUGGACAGGAACUGGUUGGAUCUCCUGCUCUCUUUUGGUGUUGGAGGUUAUUCAUGAUCAAGCUUUGGAACCAGGGUCUUCUUGAUGCAUGCACAAUGAACAACUGUAAUUUGAUACUCGAAAGAAGUCGGGAUGAGGGAUCUGAUGCUAUGAAAACCGAAAAAGGAAAUGAUUAGUGACAUAACAUAAUAGUCUGGAGUACACAGAUGACAGGAUAAGUGACAUAGUUCUUAUGUUCUGCUGUUCUUAACCUAUUCUUUUGUUUCCUCAAUCCUCACUAUUAUCAUUCAGCCAUUACUGGGGAAUAGGUAAUUUAACAUUUUUUUUCCUGUACAAUGGAAGGGAAUUAGGCUCCCUUUUUGCUGUUGUAAUCUCAUUCAAUACAAGCUCACAUACUUUCUCUGUUUAACCUUUAUUCAGUUUAAGAAGGAUGCCAUUUUUGCCUCUGA